CAUAAAAGGCAAUAAAGAUUUGGGGAAAGAAAAGAGGGAGAUAAGAGGAAUAAACAAAUAUGUGUACAAGGUAAGUCUAUCUGAAGAUCAAACAAGCAAAGCCACUAGAUUACGUUCAACUAACAUAUUUUACAAAGCCAGAAAGAAACAUUUACAUAAGUUAGCUAGUGAACCAAAAGGAAGAGCACAUACAUCCUCUGAUAGCCAAAAAAAGUCCUUGCUAUAAGAAGGGUCCUAACUAACAUGUUUUCAUCAAAGAAAAUGAACUAAAUAAGCCCCAUUUCUGGAGGAGAGGUCGAGAGGGAAUCCUGGCAUCUCCAAACUCGGAUAAUCAGGGACUGGAGGCUAUUGAUCGAAGGAGCAGAACCAAACACCUUCCCAAUCAAGGUCAGCUCACGACGUUCAACUUCGACAACAAUAUCCUCAUCAUUGAAAACAACGAGCUCAACAGCAGCCAUAACUUUAGCCAAGAUUAGUAGGAAAAGAAGUCGAAAGCCACAGGGAUACGAAUGAGGGAUUAGGGUUUAAAUAGAAGCACUGACAAUAGCAACAAAGGCACAUGAUUUGGGCUCUCUAGAAAGGCCGGAGGACAGAUAAGAGAAUAUUAAUGAUUACAUCCCCACUUGAUCCUUCACGUGGAUGUCUAGAAGAAAGCGAGCAAGCCCAGCCCAAAUGGACCAAAUGAGUGGUAGCCAACUUGUCAAGCCUAGACAUCGUCUCCAACAACAUGAGGGGAGUAAACAUGUCCAAACCAUGAGGAAACCAAGGCAAAGGAAAAUUCAUGGUCGUCUUGACAUGUCAGGUGAUGUAGCUAAGGCAUAUGAGCAUGGGACCUCAUGCAAGGCCACCAAGGCUAGACAUGCCGAUGUGCCACCUACAAUGUCGAGUGGUGUCCACUACAAGGGGGGCAUGAUGUUUCAUAAACGAAAGAUGGCUAGUAUGCCGCACCAAAACGUGGAGUGCCAACAAGUUAAAUUUCACUAAGUUAUUUUGAAUGACAUGGGAGUCAUAUGAUGCCAUGCCAUGCCAUCUUACUCCAAGGGGCCACAAGGUUGAGUGGUGGCCAUAAGGGGAGCACCUCUAUUAUAAUGGAGAUUGAUGAUAUCUUUUCUUUUAUGGAGAGGAUUUAGUGGGGAUAUAGUCCCACUAGGAGAAGUAGAUUUUUUAAGUCCUUAUCCAAUCUAGGCAAGGUAAAAAGAGGAAUUUAAAUUGUAAAAAAAAAAUUGUCGUGGCCGAGAAGGACAGGAAAACAAAAAGAAGUGUAUCUCUUGCGGCCAACAGAUGGAUGGUAUGCCUAGAAGAAGUUAAUGAUCAUUAGGUCGUGUGGUGAAUGGUGUGUCCUUGCCACAGAAGAUGAGAGCAUGGCACAAUGGAGUGUCCCUGUGCCUGCGUACCAAGGUUGGGUUGGACAAGGAAAUUUUGUUUCCUUGUGUGGUCUUAGAUUGGGGGAAAAAGGAGUAGGAGUAACUUAAUUUAGUUUUCUUUCCCAAAAAUUCAUAGGAGUAGGAGUAACUUAGAUUGGGCCUUAUGGAUAUUGAUUUUAAGCCAAAACCACUAAGUCUGGAGAGGGACAUGCUGCCUCAACAAAAAGGGUCAUGUCCAUCUAAAAUCUAGAAGCAUGUGUCGCCUUACGAAGAGGGCCAUGUCCGUCUAGAAAUUGAAGACCACAUGCCGCCACACGACCAAGACUAAAUGACUGAAAAAUAAACUAAGUCCGGAACGAGAAGGAUGUGCCGCUUCAUGAAAAGGGCCACAAACAAGAAUGAGAAGUCCAUGGUCGUGAAUGAAGAGGCCAAUAUGGGAAGAACAUGCCCUCGCGAGAGGGGCCAUGUGCAUGAUUGAGAGGUCCAUGUCGCCUCACGAGAGAGGCCAUGGACACGAAUGAGAAGGGCGUGGUGAUGAAGUAUUAUGUCACUAGUGACUAAGUCUCAAGAGGGCCAUGAACAUGAGUAAGAAGUCCAUGGCCAUGAGGCAAGAGGACCACAUCCCCUUCGUGAGACACUACAUGCUUAUCAAAAGACUAGCAUGGCACGAGAUUUCGAGCAAGACCAUGCGAAGCAAGAUACACUCCAAGACCCACGACGGUUUCAAGAGAAGUACCUAGGCAGUUGAGAGAGGAACGGCUACUCAUCCCACGUUCAAGGGACACGUCAGCCACGUUCCGGAGAAGAGGGAGCGGUUAUUUGUAGCAAUUAUCCAAGAAGCGGUUUUCUACGGUGAUUACCUCCUCGUGGCUAUAAAUAGGAGGAGGGUUUGACAGAGACAAAAGGUUCCCAAUACCACACAACUGACGCCUAUGUCAAGUUUUUAUCCUUUCUCUGCAAAUGUAGUCAUAGUCAUAGUUUGGAGCUCUCGCUGAACCUCCAUAGGAGUAGGAGUAACUUAAUUUAGUUUUCUUUUCCAAAAACCAUCAAUCAAACGCCCUCGUUUGAACUGUGUUUAAAGAGGUGUGAACCGUGUUUAGAAAUGGUUGUCCAAAGAAGUCAAUGUGCAAUCAAUUCUCAUUCAACGCAAGUUUUCUCGUCGAGAAACAAAUUUGGCACCCUUGGUGGGACAUUGUGUUUGAUUUGAUGGCUCUAAGACAGAGGCAACAAGAAGAUGAUAUCUCACUUGGUUUUGUGAUGAAGCAAGUGGCUAAUUUUAAACUUGGCCAAAACACAAAAGGUGUUGCCGGAAACAAUGGCAUGACGGAAAAUUUGCCACUGGCGGCACAAAGUGUUGAUUACACCACGAACCUUAUGCUAGUUCACCAGAUGUUGGAGGAAAACCGCAAGAUGAUUGCGGAGAACCGUCAAGUGAUGGGGGAGAACCGCCGAUGCAUGGAGGAUGCCUUGGCGGGUACCCAUAAGGUUUUGCCGCAAAAUGGUGAAGAUCCAACACCAGGGAAUUUGUUGUCUUUGUCCCUCCAGUGGUCGAAAUACCCAGCCACGACCAGGGAAUUUGUUGUCUCCAGUAGCAGCUCAACCCCCCCCCCCCCUUCAACGUGAGAGUUGUGGUGAGAUGUCCGCUUCCAGUUUCAACAUCAGUGAUGAAGUCUUACAUGUAGAAAGUGAUGUUCAAACACUCAUUCUCGAGACAAGAUCACAUGAGACACAUGUCUGUCAAUGAACGAGUUGAUGAAGAUCCAUUUAACGUGGACCAAGUACAACCACGUGUCUGCCCACCCCCCAAUGCCACCCCUAUUGAAUAGGUAAGGAGGUUGUUCUGACGGGCUCAAAACACCUAAAGCUCAGCAAGGGGGCAUGAAAGUCUAACUUCCCACAAGCUAAAGCCGAGAUGUCCAUCCGAGGUGCAUGUGAUGUCUAAGAGGCCCAUCAAUCACAAGCAACACAUGCUUGUGCUAAGCAUACUAAUUUGGCUAAGUCUGGAAAGGGGGGGUCUACCUCCAACCAUUUGUAGUGGACAUGGGGAUAUAGCUAACAAUUCACGACGUGAGAACGCCAUAAAAAGUAAUUGUAGAUUUGAAAAUUUGGCUAAGUAUGGACAAGACAUGUCCAAGAAGCCAUAUGAAGUACAAGCCACACAUGUUUAUGAUAGGCAUGCUAGUUUGGCUAAGUCUAGACAAGGGAGCAUGUCACUCACCAUGAGAAUGGAAUAGGAGGCAUGUUCAAUAAGACACAACAAGUCCAAACCACCGAUGGUUUACGGAAGUAUAGGAGCAUGGCCAAGGGUGGACAAGGGGGCAAGUACUUGUCUAUGAGUAGUGAGUACUUGUCACCAACAACAAAGGGUGAACAAGGAGACAUGUAUAAGAAGUCAUCAACUAAACAUGGUGGUUUAAAUAACCAAGGCUGGUUAUGUGCUAAGUGUAGAGGCCAACAAGGUUCACAGGUUGAAAGACAAAGUCAAAUGGACCAAAUGAGUGGUAGUCUACUUGUCAAUCCUAGACAUUGUCUCCAACAACAUGAAUGGAGUAAGCAUGUCCCAACCAUGAGGAAACUAAGGCAAAACCAGCGGCCCCGCCCGAGACUCAGGCGGCCCAACCUAUCGUCUGCGCCCCCACCUUAUUUUCUUCUUCUCCUGCUCUCUCUCACCCAAGCACCACAAAAAAACCAUUCCUUUUCCUUUCUUGCUCAGCGCCCACCCCGCAGGCUCAAGCAUACCAUCCAGAGGCAGAGGCGGCCCCGCCCCAGCCUCAAACGGUCCCGCCAGAGACAGAGGCGGCACCGUCGCACCCUCAAGCAGACCCGCCCUAGCCCGAGGCGGUCGCGCCUCUUCAAUAGUUCGUCCGAGAAAUGUCUGACAGCGACGAGGAACCAGUUUGGACAAAUGAGGUAAGUGAACUACUUCUUUAAAGUUAAUUGGCUAGUUAGAUUAGACUAUUAUAGGUUUUUACUAGGUGAACUGAAAUGGAAUUAGAAUAGAAUUACGUAUGAAAU